CCGGAAGUGUAUCAGCCAAGUCGUGGGUGUCAUGGCGGCUUCCAGUAUCUUCAUAACCCGACUCCUGCUCUCUUCUUCGCAGUGAGUAAUAACUGGCCUCCAAGAGUUAUCCGAUUGUCUGCGUACGAAGUCGAACCUGCGACUCUCCAUCUGCAAUCCCGAAAUGAAGACUGUCUUGAUGGUAGCUGAGAAGCCCUCUUUGGCUCAGUCUAUAGCGAAGAUCCUUUCAAAAGGGAGCUGUACGAGCCGCAAAGGGCUGAACGGCGCAUGCUCAGUCCAUGAGUACACGGGUGGCUUCAUGGGACAGACCGUCCGCUUCAGGAUGACCUCCGUCUGCGGUCAUGUCAUGACCCUGGAUUUCAUAGGGAAAUAUAACAACUGGGAUAAGGUAGACCCUGCCGAACUUUUCAGCAAAGCUCCCACAGAAAAGAAAGAAGCCAACCCCAAACUCAACAUGGUCAAGUUCUUACAGGUUGAGGCAAAAGGAUGUGACAGUGUUGUCCUGUGGCUGGACUGUGACAAGGAAGGUGAAAACAUCUGUUUUGAGGUGCUGGACGCCAUCACGCCGGUCAUGAACAAGCCUUACGGGGGAGAGAAGACCGUGCACCGGGCCAAGUUCAGCUCCAUCACAGACACGGACAUCUGGAACGCUAUGAACCGCCUGGGGGAGCCCAAUCGGAACGAAGCCCUGUCCGUAGACGCCCGCCAGGAGCUGGACUUGAGGAUCGGCUGUGCUUUCACGAGGUUUCAGACUAAAUAUUUCCAAGGAAAAUAUGGCAAUCUGGACUCCUCUCUGAUCUCCUUUGGCCCCUGCCAAACCCCCACCCUUGGUUUCUGUGUGGAGCGUCACGACAAGAUACAGUCUUUUAAGCCAGAGCUCUACUGGGUGCUACAAGCCAAGGUCUCUAAGGGUAAAGAUGGUCCCCUCACACUGGACUGGGACCGGGUGCGAGUCUUUGAUAGGGAGGUGGCACAGAUGUUUCUUAACAUGAUUAAGACUACAAGGGAAGCCCGGGUAGAGUCUGUGACCAAAAAGGAGAAGGCCAAGCAAAGACCCCUGGCUCUGAAUACAGUGGAAAUGCUCCGAGUGGCUAGCUCAGCUCUGGGAAUGGGGCCUCAGCACACCAUGCAGGUAGCAGAGCGACUGUACACCCAGGGCUACAUCAGCUACCCCCGUACCGAGACCACGCACUACCCCGAAAAUUUUGACCUCAAAGGAACUUUACGACAGCAGGCUAAUAACCCCUUCUGGGCAGACACGGUUAGGGCACUGCUGUCAGAGGGGUUGAAUCAUCCCAGGAAAGGGAGUGACGCAGGAGACCACCCACCUAUCACCCCAAUGAGGUCGGCCUCAGAGAACGAGCUAGGAAGCGAUGGCUGGCGUCUGUAUGAGUACAUCACCCGGCACUUCAUUGCCACAGUUAGUCAUGACUGCAAGUACCUCCAGACCACCAUUGUCUUCAGUAUCGGCACAGAGACUUUCAUCUGUACUGGGAAGACGUUGAUAUCUGCUGGGUUCACCGAGGUCAUGCCCUGGCAGAGCAUCCCCGAGGAGGAGAACCUGCCGGCCUGCGAGAGGGGGGACGCCUUCGCCGUGGACGACAUCAAGCUCCUCGAGAAGCAGACCAGCCCCCCCGACUACCUCACCGAAGCCGAGCUCAUCUCGCUCAUGGAGAAGCACGGGAUAGGCACUGAUGCUAGUAUCCCUGUGCACAUCAACAAUGUCUGUCAGAGGAAUUAUGUCACUGUGGAGAGUGGUCGCAGGCUCAAACCAACUAAUCUGGGAAUAGUUCUAGUGCACGGAUAUUACAAAAUAGACGCAGAGCUGGUGCUCCCCACCAUCCGCAGCGCCGUGGAGAGGCAGCUGAACCUCAUCGCCCAGGGCAAGGCCAACUUCCAGCAGGUCCUGCAGCACACGCUGGACAUCUUCAAGAGGAAGUUCCACUACUUCGUGGACUCCAUCGCUGGCAUGGACGAGCUUAUGGAAGUGUCCUUCUCCCCCAUCGCUGCCACAGGGAAGCCUCUGUCGCGCUGUGGGAAGUGUCACCGCUUCAUGAAGUACAUCCAGGUGCGUCAGCGGCAGGGAAUGGGGUGCAACGAGUGCACCCACCCUUCGUGCCAGCACUCCCUCAGCUCGCUGGGGAUCAGCCAGUGCGUGGAGUGCGAGAGCGGGGUGCUGGUGUUCGACCCCACCUCGGGCCCCAAGUGGAAGAUGGCCUGCAACCGGUGCAACGUGGUGGUGCACUUCUUCGAGAACGCCCACAAGGUGCGGGUCUCCCCCGACAGCUGUGAGGCCUGCGAGGCCUCCCUGCUCGUGGUGGACUUCAACAAGGCCCGGUCCCCCCUGCCCGGGGACGAGACCCAGCACACCGGCUGUGCCUUCUGCGACCCCGUCUUCCAGGACCUGGUGGAGCUCAAGCACGCCACCAUGAGGCACCCCAUGCACCGCGCCGGGGGCGCCAGGAGGCAGGGGGGCCGGGGCCGGGGCCGCAGGCCGGGCGGCAGGGGGAACCCCAAGAAACCCAAAGACAAGAUGGCGGCCCUGGCCGCCUACUUCGUGUAGCGCCAGCGCCGCCGCCGCCGUAUCCAGCCCAGACGCGUUGGCUGGGGGAGUUGUUUUUUUUUUUAUGUGUUAUUGCAAAUAAAUUUUUAAA